AUGGCCACCAUGAGUUUUCUGACUCCAUUACCACCUCGGUAUGCGGCUACUCGAUCUCAAAUUUUAUCUGGAGCUGAGAUCCCCUCUCUUGAAAAAGCUUUCUCUUGUGUAUUGAGAACUAAACAGAACCCUUCAUCAGCUCCCAUUACACCUACUAGUGCAUUACUCAGUCGAGGCCAUAAUGACAAUCAAGGGCCCCGUAAUCGUAGUGGUUCGAAAGCAGGGGGUACUAAUCAAGAGCCUAAGGAAGUGAUAUGUUACUACUGUAAGGAACAAGGACAUACUAAACCUGGGUAUGCUCAAUUAAAGUCUACAAAUCCCCCCGUGAGCACUGCUAUUGCAACAGGUAAUGAGGCUACUGCUCUUGUCUCUUCUUCCUCCAAAUGGAUCAUAGACUCUAGUGCUACUAACCACAUGAUAGGUAACCGCCAUCUCUUCUCCAAUCAUAAUUCUCAUGACAACCCUUCUAAUAUCACCAUUACAGAUGGUUCCCAUUCUCGUGUCCUUGGAUCUGGCACUUUCAAUAAAGCAGUGGAAGCUUGCCGAAUCACGAAAAACAGCUUCAACCAUCACCUAAUGGUCAAGACAACUCCCGGAGUAGAGAAGGGAGGUCAAGGAGGUCAAGGUGUUACCUCGUCUAACAUGAAUAAGAAGAGGAAACAACCCUGGAAUAACCGCAAGAACAAGAAGGGCGAUAAAGCACCGAAGGGCAAGGAGUGUCCUAAGUGUGGCAAGAAUCACAGUGACAGACCGUGCAUGGCUGGGCAGAAUGUUUGCUACACCUGUGGCAAACCUGGACAUUUCUCAAGAGAGUGCCCACAGAACACCGAGCAGGCAAGACCAUACACCCAGGGCCGAGUGUUUGCCAUCAUAAGAGAAGAAGCCCAGAAGUCUCCGAAGAUGAUCCAAGGUACGAUCAUGAUUGACAAUUCUCUGGUGCAGGUCGAAGUUGAGGAAGGGAUAGGAGAAAUCCCAGUGGUUAGGGAGUUUCCGAAAGUGUUUCCGAUAUAG